AUGGCGGAAACGUGCGUGCUCGCCGUGGUCGUGACGGUCGUGUCGGCGGCCAGGCGCGUGCGCUUCUUGGCCGCGCUGCGCGGCGUGCCCGGCCCCAGGGCCCUGCCGCUGCUGGGCAACGCGCUGCAGCUCACGGGCACGCAGGAGGACUUCUUCAAGCUGAUGGGGACGUGCGCGCGCGCCUACGGACCUAUGUUCCGGCUGUGGGUCGGCACCAGGCCCUUCAUCUUCCUGCACUCGGCCGAGGCCGUCCAGCCGAUCCUCAACUCGGGCGAGCACAUCGACAAGAGCCCCGACUACAAGUUCGUCGAGGCGUGGGUCGGCCAGGGGCUCGUCACCAGCACAGGCAACAAAUGGCGCAAUCGUCGAAAGCUGCUGACGCCGGCCUUCCACUCUGGCGUGCUGGGCGACUUCUUGGAACCGCUGAGGCGGGAGGCUGGCAUCCUGGCCGAUAAGAUGUUGAUACACCUCGGCGGCGCGCCCUUUGACAUCGUACCCUACGCCAAGCUGGCCGCGCUCGACGUCAUCUGCGACACGGCUCUGGGGAAGCACGUCGGGGCCCAACGCAACGCCAACAACGCCUACGUCGUGGCCAUCGACAGGAUCACCAGCAUCGUGCAGAGGCGCUUCAUCACGCCGUGGCUCAAGCCGGAGGCGCUGUUCCGCCUCACCGAGCUGGGCCGGCUGCAGGCCAAGUGCGUGCAGGUCAUCCACGGCUUCACCAGCAGGGUCUACGAGGCGCGGAAGCAGGAGCUGGAGAGGCAGUGUGCCAAGCAGUUUGCCAAGGGGACGCUGCAGCAGACGCUCCCGGAGCUGCAGGGCGACCAACCAGGCCAGCCAGCCACGCCGGGGUGCAUGCCCGUGCCAGUGCCAGUGGCGCCCAAACCAGAACGGCGGAGCGGGCGGAGGCUGGCCAUGCUGGACCUGCUGCUGGACCUCAAGACGAAGGGCGCGGACCUGACCGACGCCGACAUCAAGGAGGAGGUGGACACCUUCACGUUCGCCGGACACGACACCACGGCGGCGGGCUUCAGUUGGUGCCUGUACGUCCUGGGCCAGCACGCCGACGUGCAGGAUCGCAUCGUGCGGGAGUGGCGCGAGGCCUUGCUGCAGGCCGGCGGCGAGCUGUCCGUGCGCGACCUGGUGCGCCUCGACUACAUGGAGUGCUGCAUCAAGGAGGUGCUGCGCCUGUACCCCGUGGUGCCGCUGAUCGCGCGCGACAUCCGCCACCCCGUCAGCAUCCUGGGCGAGGACAUCCCCGCCGGCUGCACCGUGCUCGUCAACGCCUUCCUGCUGCACCGCGACCCGCGCUUCUUCCCGGACCCCGAGCGCUUCGACCCCGAGCGCUUCCGCGGCGACGGCGACGGCCCGCGCCACCCCUUCGCCUACGUGCCCUUCAGCGCCGGCUCCAGGAACUGCAUCGGGCAACGGUUCGCGAUGCUGGAGCUGAAGGUGCUGCUCGGCACCGUCCUGGACAGGUUCCACGUCGCCAGCGCGGACCCCCAAAACGCCCUCCGCCUGGUGGCCGAGCUCGUCCUCACCAACGUCGGCGGCAUCCGAAUCUCGCUGACGCCUCGCGCCUAGGCCGCCCAGGCCCGCUGGCCAGGUCGCCGCUCUUGUUUUUCUGUCUCUUACUUUGUGAAAUGUUUUGGUGAGGGAGGGGAGCGAGGUUUUUAUAGUUACCAUGACCUGUUUUUCCAUUCCCUUUUAUGUUAAUUUUCGUUGUUGUAAAGAUUUCAGUAUUCUUCUUAUGUGAUAAAGUUACUUGUUGACCUUUGUUGGGAUAAAUCUGA